GGUCGAGCAUAAAAGUAAAGCUAGAAUCUAUCUGAGCUCGCUGUCUCUGAACACGCAAUUGAAGCGAAGCAAUCAUUUUUUAAGACAGAAUAAAGGGGACAGCUAGAUCUGGCGCAACAAAAAUACCCACUUCAUAUUCGCAUCUUCUUCAGCAUCACCCUCUUGCUUUUACACUACUUGUAUCUUUUUUUUAUACUUUACUUUUUCUUCUUUUAUUUACCAUCUUUCAAUCAUUCUUCUUCUGCUUGCUUAGCUUUCAUUUUCUUCCAACCCCUGAAGAGACUUGAGGUGGUGGAUCUGAAACCAGAUAUAGGUGUUCAGUUCAUAAUUGAAUGGAAAAGAAACAACAUAUAGCAAUUUUCACUACGGCAAGCCUUCCAUGGAUGACUGGAACUUCUGUUAAUCCUCUUUUCCGUGCAGUAUAUUUAUCAAAAGAUGAGGAAAGGAUUGUUACCUUGGUAAUUCCUUGGCUGUCUAAGGGAGAUCAGGAACAUUUGUAUCCCAAUAAUAUCACAUUUGACUUGCCCUCGCAGCAAGAGUUAUAUGUACGUCAGUGGCUUGAGGAAAGAAUUGGGUUCAAAUCUACUUUCCGCAUACUGUUUUAUGCUGGAAAGUUUUCCAAGGAGAAGAGGAGCAUUCUUGCUGUAGGAGAUAUUACAGAGAUCAUUCCUGAUGAGGAGGCAGAUAUCGCUGUCCUUGAGGAACCAGAGCACUUAACAUGGUAUCAUCAUGGAAAGAGAUGGAAAACCAAAUUCAGCCUGGUUGUAGGUGUUGUUCACACGAACUAUUUGGAAUAUGUGAGGAGAGAAAAAAAUGGGCGAUUACAAGCCUUCCUUCUUAAAUACAUGAACAGUUGGGUUGUUAAUAUCUACUGCCACAAGGUAAUAAGGUUAUCUGCAGCCACCCAAAAUCUUCCGAGAUCUGUAAUCUGCAAUGUUCAUGGAGUCAACCCAAAGUUCCUCGAGAUCGGGAUGAAAAAGAAAGAGCAACAAGAACAACUUGGGGAUAAGGUUUUCAAUAAAGGUGCUUACUACAUUGGAAAGAUGGUGUGGAACAAGGGCUACAAAGAGUUACUUAAACUUCUUCAUUCUCAUCAAAAGGAGCUAAAAGGACUUAAGAUUGAUUUAUAUGGUAGUGGUGAGGAUUCUGAUCAAGUCAAGGAAGCUGCAAAAAAGUUGGAUUUACAGAUUCAAGUUUAUCCCGGGCGUGAUCAUGCUGAUCCUGUAUUUCAUGACUAUAAAGUUUUUCUAAAUCCGAGCACGACGGAUGUUGUCUGUACAACAACAGCAGAGGCACUAGCUAUGGGCAAAAUAAUUGUAUGUGCCAAUCAUCCCUCAAAUGAAUUUUUCAAGCAGUUCCCCAAUUGCCGAAUGUAUGAAGAUGGGAAUGGAUUUGUAGAAGCUACAUGCCGAUCACUAGACGAGGAGCCUACUCCACUAAGUGAUGCGGAGAGGUAUACGCUGUCAUGGGAAGCUGCAACAGAGCGGUUUUUGAAGUCUGCAGAGCUGAGCACUGCACCCAAAAGAAAUUUACCUAGGACUCCAAAACCAUUUCUGUCUACAUCUUUUUCCCUUUCGAGAAAUCUGGAGGAUGCGUCAGCGUUGAUGCAUUACAUGGGAACUGCACUUGUGAGUUCAGAGCCAGAUGAAGAACAACGCAAAGAGCUUGGCAUGGCAACACCUUCUACGCAAAAGGGAUUUACCUUCUUCAUUUCUCUGGUUUCUGUGGUUUCCGUGUUGUAUAAAUUUGCUCAUGGAAGAGGAGAGCUAGACGGUGAAAGCUCUAAAGUAAAUUAAUUUUAAUUUGGAACGUGUAUAUAAAGUAAAUUAAACUGAAAAUACAAAUAUGUACAUGCUUUACUCCGUGAUGCUCUUUCAUGGCGGCCUGGCAGGUGAUGUAAUACAAGUAUAUAACUAUCAGACUUUCUUGUUAUUUUCUU